AUGAUGAAUGCAGCGCGUGGAAAAGUUGAACAGACCGAGGUCGGACUGCAACGGUGGAAGAUCAUCAAUGAGCAAGCAAGGAAUGAACUGGAAAAUGCUCUUCAUUACCUGGAAACUGAAGGUAAAACACAGUGGGAAUUGGCUAAGGAAGCAAGCAAGAAGUAUGGAGAACAAAGCCAGCAGAUGUCAAAUCUUGCACAAAAGACCCGAGAAGAAGCGGACAAGCAUGAGCAGCAAUCCAAAGAUAUCGAGAAAUUAGCAGAAGAAGCGAAUGCAAACGCAAAGAAGGCACAUAAGGAAGCCAGGGAUGCUAUUUACGGAGGUGAACAAGUGUCGCAGCAAAUUGCUGAAAUGAAAGAGCGACAAGCACAGUUGAACGAGACUCUUGGCAGGUACAAGCAGAAGAAAGCAGCCGCAGACGCCAAUCAGGCAGCAGCUGAGGCACUGACUGCAGUGGAAAGCCUUCGCCUUCCAAAUUUCGACCCACAACAGCUGAAAGCCGAUGCCAAAGCCAUAAGCGACGAUGCCAAGGUAGCCAUAGAAAAUACCAACAAGGAAGCGGAAAACAACAAGGAAGUACUGGAACAGGCCGCGCGAGCAGCUGCCGAAGCCAGGAAUGAACUGCAGAGCGCUGAGGAUCAGCAGCAGGUGUCUGAUGCAUUGCUGGCCGAUGUUGAUGCUGCUAGAGCUCGCGCAGAUGCUGCUCUGAAA